AUGGCUUCAACGUCGCCUUUCAACCUGGCUACCUGUGCCCGCCCUAAUAUCCUUGCAUUGCAGCCAUAUCGAUGCGCCCGAGAUGACUACAAAGAUGACGGAACGAACGUACUGCUCGACGCCAAUGAGAACGCCUUUGGGCCCGGUCUUGCGCUGAACAGCGAGGGUGCCUUGCAGGCCUCCCAGACUGGCGAUGCGACAGGUGCCUCAAAGCCUGAGAUCGACUUCCUGGGCUUGAACCGCUACCCCGAUCCUCACCAAAUUGAACUCAAGCAGUUGUUCUGCAACCUCCGAAACACCCACCACCACACCUCCAAAACGCUCCUCCCCGAGCACAUGUUCUGCGGCGUCGGAUCCGACGAAGCCAUUGACGCCCUCCUACGAUGCUUCUGUGUCCCAGGCCAAGACAAGAUCCUGACCUGUCCCCCAACCUACGGCAUGUACAGCGUCAGUGCCCAAGUGAACGAUGUGGAGAUCGUCAAGGUCCCUCUGGACGCCUCGAACCACUUCCACCUCCAACCUGAGAAGAUCAAUGCCGCCCUCGCGGCCGACCCCUCCAUCAAAGUAGCCUACAUUUGCUCACCCGGCAACCCAACCGCCAACCUCAUCCGCAAAGAAGACAUCCGCAAGGUCCUGGAGCACCCCACCUGGAACGGCGUGGUGGUUGUCGACGAAGCCUACAUCGACUUUGCCCCCGAGGGCUCCAGUCUUGCCGAAUGGGUCACCGAAUGGCCCAACCUCGUUGUCAUGCAAACCCUCAGCAAAGCCUUUGGUCUGGCCGGUAUCCGUCUCGGCGUGGCUUAUUCCAGUCCCGAGAUCGCCCGUCUUCUCAACAGCCUCAAGGCGCCCUAUAACAUCUCCAGCCCGACCAGUGCACUCGCAUCGGCGGCCCUGACCGGGCCCAAUAUGGCCGUCAUGCGCGGCUACCGGGAGCAGAUCAUUGCUCAGCGCGACCGUCUGCUGCGCGAGUUACCCUCUAUCCCCGGUGUGGGUCAGUUCCUUGGUGGGUAUGAUGCCAAUUUCUUGCUUGUGCAGAUUUUAGAUGCUUCCGGUCAACCGAGUAACACGACGGCGGUGGCGGCAUAUGAGGCCAUGGCCGAGAAGCGUGGUGUUGUUGUCCGGUUCCGUGGCAAGGAGCUUGGGUGUGAGGGUUGUUUGCGUAUUACGGUCGGUACUGAGGCGGAAGUUUCGAAGUUUUUGCAGGAGUUGCAAACUGUGCUUGGGGGGUUACGUGCUGGGGGUGCCAUUGAGUCUGUUUGA